CGUCCGGGGGUAGCCGCCGCCUCUGCAGCCCGCCCGCCCGCGCCCCGCGCCUGGGAACCCGGACCUGCCUCCGCCUCUUCCUCCGGCGGCCGCAUCCUCCCUCCGCCCGCCGCGCGUCCUCCCGCCGCCCCCGCCGCCGCGCCCCCGUGGCUGCCUCGGCGGACCGGGGAGGGGGCCCGGCGCGUCGGCCGCCAGCUCGGCUCGGCUCGGCCCGGCCCGGAGGCGUGCAUGCCCCUGCUGCCCGCGGCGCUCACCAGCAGCAUGCUCUAUUUCCAGAUGGUGAUCAUGGCAGGGACGGUGAUGCUGGCAUACUACUUCGAGUACACGGACACGUUCUCCGUGAACGUGCAGGGCUUCUUCUGCCACGACAGCGCCUACCGCAAGCCCUACCCGGGCCCGGAGGACAGCAGCGCGGUGCCCCCGGUGCUCCUCUACUCCCUGGCCGCCGGCGUCCCCGUGCUCGUGAUAAUAGUUGGAGAAACUGCUGUGUUUUGCCUACAACUAGCCACAAGGGAUUUUGAAAACCAAGAAAAAACUAUUUUAACUGGAGAUUGCUGCUAUAUAAACCCACUGGUGCGGCGAACUGUCCGAUUUCUUGGAAUUUAUACAUUUGGACUAUUUGCUACAGAUAUCUUUGUAAAUGCUGGACAAGUCGUUACAGGGAACUUGGCCCCACAUUUCCUUGCCCUGUGUAAGCCCAACUACACAGCCCUGGGGUGCCAGCAGUACACACAGUUCAUCAGCGGGGAAGAGGCCUGCACCGGCAACCCGGAUCUUAUCAUGAGAGCCAGGAAAACAUUCCCAUCCAAAGAAGCGGCUCUAAGUGUCUAUGCAGCUAUGUAUCUAACAAUGUACAUUACCAACACAAUCAAAGCCAAAGGAACCAGACUGGCUAAGCCAGUUCUGUGUUUGGGCUUAAUGUGUUUGGCCUUUCUUACUGGACUCAACAGAGUAGCCGAAUAUCGAAAUCACUGGUCAGAUGUGAUAGCCGGCUUUCUGGUUGGAAUAUCUAUAGCAGUGUUUCUGGUCGUAUGCGUGGUAAACAAUUUCAAAGGAAGACAACCAGAAAAUGAGCACAUACACAUGGAUAAUCUGGCACAGAUGCCGAUGAUCAGCAUUCCUCGAGUAGAGAGUCCUUUGGAAAAGGUAACAUCUGUACAGAACCACAUCACCGCCUUCGCGGAAGUCACAUGAUAUUGAAGCAGAUGGCUUUUCACUGCAUUGGACAUCAUCUCUUUUUACCAUUCAUUCAUAACACCCAAAGUUUGUUUGAUUACAGAAGAAGUUUAUAAAGUUGUCUAAUAAUUUUUAUAAUUUGAAAAUCAAUGUCAGCCUAUUUGUUUCCCCCCACUAGACUGUGAGCUCCUCAAGGGCAGGACUGUGUCUUUUUCUCCCCUGUCCCCAGCGCCUACAAACCAAGUCUAGCACAGAGUAGGUGUUCCAUAAAAAUGUGAUGAUCGAAUGAACAAAUUAAUUCUGAAAUAAAAUAUCCAUUUUAGUUUCUUACAGAAUCACUUGCAACUAUGUUAAAAGAAACCACUAUAUGAAUCAUAUCUGCAUCUGAAAACCCUCUUAUUUGGGGCUAAUUCUGUUUUUUAAUUUUUCAUACAUCUAUUCAACAGUAUGCCAUAUUUAAUUUGAAGUGGAAUUUGAAAGUCAUGGGGGUUUUUAUUUUAUUGUUCAGCAUGACAUUAUUUCCAUUCUAACUGAUUUCAGUGUGUGAAAUUAGUUUACUUUUAGAAAGUACUAAAAAUAAUGUUCGCACAUUAUAUUAUGCUGUAUUUCACUUAAAAUAUCAUUCGUACUAUACAUUCUAAGACUGGUGCUUCUGCUUUUGAAGGGGAAAAUGCUAAUUUUUACUGUAAUAAGUAAUGUAUCAUAAUUAAAAAUUAUUUAUU